GUCUUAUGUGUUGGAAUGUCAUCAUCAUGCUCCCAUAUGCCAAGUGCGGCAUCCGAGAAGAAACGGCUACGUAGCUGGUAUGCAGUAAUCGCCGACAAAUGUGCUUUCCCAAGGACGGAUAGUUAUGCUGUGACUGCGGUGCGUCAUCUCGGAAAUGUCCCUUCGGUGAAAAAUUCUGGCUACCAUGGGAGCGACCCACUGUUCCGAAUGCCCUCCAGAAAAGCGGAUGUCUCGUUUAGCCCUACAGAUGUGCUGCUCACGCUGCAGUUCUUUCCUGUGUUUGACUCAUAUGAAGAAGCAUUUGAGGGAGCAUCGGCAUGA